AUGCUACACACCUGCGAAAUCGUGGAUUGGUCCUGUCCCAACUAUAACCUCGUGGGGACGUCUGCUCUUGGUCCCAACCAUAACCUCGUGGGGACGUCUGCUUCUGGUCCCAACCAUAACCUCGUGGAGACGUCUGCUCCUGGUCCCAACCAUAACCUCGUGGGGACGUCUGCUCCUGGUUCCAACCAUAACCUCGUGGGGACGUCUGCUCUUGGUCCCAACCAUAACCUCGUGGAGACGUCUGCUCCUGGUCCCAACCAUAACCCCGUGGGGACGUCUGCUCCUGGUCCCAACCAUAACCUCGUGGGGACGUCUGCUCCUGGUCCCAACCAUAACCUCGUGGAGACGUCUGCUUCUGGUCCCAACCAUAACCUCGUGGGGACGUCUGCUUCUGGUCCCAACCAUAACCUCGUGGAGACGUCUGCUUCUGGUCCCAACCAUAACCUCGUGGAGACGUCUGCUCUUGGUCCCAACCAUAACCUCGUGGAGACGUCUGCUCUUGGUCCCAACCAUAACCUCGUGGAGACGUCUGCUCCUGGUCCCAACCAUAACCUCGUGGAGACGUCUGCUCUUGGUCCCAACCAUAACCUCGUGGGGACGUCUGCUCCUGGUCCCAACCAUAACCUCGUGGGGACGUCUGCUCCUGGUCCCAACCAUAACCUCGUGGAGACGUCUGCUUCUGGUUCCAACCAUAACCUCGUGGGGACGUCUGCUCCUGGUCCCAACCAUAACCUCGUGGAGACGUCUGCUCUUGGUCCCAACCAUAACCUCGUGGAGACGUCUGCUCUUGGUCCCAACCAUAACCUCGUGGGGACGUCUGCUCCUGGUCCCAACCAUAACCUCGUGGAGACGUCUGCUCCUGGUUCCAACCAUAACCUCGUGGGGACGUCUGCUCCUGGUCCCAACCAUAACCUCGUGGAGACGUCUGCUCCUGGUCCCAACCAUAACCUCGUGGGGACGUCUGCUCUUGGUCCCAACCAUAACCUCGUGGGGACGUCUGCUCCUGGUUCCAACCAUAACCUCGUGGGGACGUCUGCUCUUGGUCCCAACUAUAACCUCGUCGGGACGUCUGCUCCUGGUCCCAACCAUAACCUCGUGGAGACGUCUGCUCCUGGUCCCAACCAUAACCUCGUGGAGACGUCUGCUCCUGGUCCCAACUAUAACCUCGUCGGGACGUCUGCUCCUGGUCCCAACCAUAACCUCGUGGAGACGUCUGCUCCUGGUCCCAACCAUAACCUCGUGGGGACGUCUGCUCCUGGUCCCAACCAUAACCCCGUGGGGACGUCUGCUCCUGGUCCAAACCAUAACCUCGUGGAGACGUCUGCUUCUGGUCCCAACCAUAACCUCGUGGGGACGUCUGCUUCUGGUCCCAACCAUAACCUCGUGGGGACGUCUGCUCCUGGUCCCAACCAUAACCUCGUGGAGACGUCUGCUUCUGGUCCCAACCAUAACCUCGUGGGGACGUCUGCUCCUGGUCCCAACCAUAACCUCGUGGGGACGUCUGCUCCUGGUCCCAACCAUAACCUCGUGGAGACGUCUGCUUCUGGUCCCAACCAUAACCUCGUGGAGACGUCUGCUUCUGGUCCCAACCAUAACCUCGUGGAGACGUCUGCUUCUGGUCCCAACCAUAACCUCGUGGGGACGUCUGCUUCUGGUCCCAACCAUAACCUCGUGGAGACGUCUGCUUCUGGUCCCAACCAUAACCUUGUGGAGACGUCUGCUUCUGGUCCCAAACAUAACCUUGUGGGGACGUCUGCUCCUGGUCCCAACCAUAACCUCGUCGGGACGUCUGCUCCUGGUCCCAACUAUAACCUCGUAGAGACGUCUGCUCCUGGUCCCAACCAUAACUUCGUGGAGACGUCUGCUCCUGGUCCCAACCAUAACCUCGUGGAGACGUCUGCUCCUGGUCCCAACUAUAACUUCGUGGAGACGUCUGCUUCUGGUCCCAACCAUAACCUCGUCGGGACGUCUGCUCCUGGUCCCAACCAUAACUUCGUGGAGACGUCUGCUCCUGGUCCCAACCAUAACCUCGUGGAGACGUCUGCUCCUGGUCCCAACCAUAACCUCGUCGGGACGUCUGCUCUUGGUCCCAACCAUAACUUCGUGGAGACGUCUGCUCCUGGUCCCAACCAUAACCUCGUCGGGACGUCUGCUCCUGGUCCCAACCAUAACUUCGUGGAGACGUCUGCUCCUGGUCCCAACCAUAACCUCGUCGGGACGUCUGCUCUUGGUCCCAACCAUAACUUCGUGGAGACGUCUGCUCCUGGUCCCAACUAUAACCUCGUCGGGACGUCUGCUCCUGGUCCCAACCAUAACCUCGUGGAGACGUCUGCUCCUGGUCCCAACCAUAACCUUGUGGAGACGUCUGCUUCUGGUCCCAACCAUAACCUCGUGGAGACGUCUGCUCCUGGUCCCAACCAUAACCUCGUGGGGACGUCUGCUCCUGGUCCCAACCAUAACUUCGUGGAGACGUCUGCUCCUGGUCCCAACCAUAACUUCGUGGAGACGUCUGCUCCUGGUCCCAACCAUAACCUCGUCGGGACGUCUGCUCCUGGUCCCAACCAUAACCUCGUCGGGACGUCUGCUCCUGGUCCCAACCAUAACCUCGUCGGGACGUCUGCUCCUGGUCCCAACCAUAACCUCGUCGGGACGUCUGCUCUUGGUCCCAACCAUAACCUCGUCGGGACGUCUGCUCCUGGUCCCAACCAUAACCUCGUCGGGACGUCUGCUCCUGGUCCCAACCAUAACUUCGUGGAGACGUCUGCUCCUGGUCCCAACCAUAACCUCGUCGGGACGUCUGCUCCUGGUCCCAACCAUAACCUCGUCGGGACGUCUGCUCCUGGUCCCAACCAUAACCUCGUCGGGACGUCUGCUCCUGGUCCCAACCAUAACCUCGUCGGGACGUCUGCUCCUGGUCCCAACCAUAACCUCGUCGGGACGUCUGCUCUUGGUCCCAACCAUAACCUCGUCGGGACGUCUGCUCCUGGUCCCAACCAUAACCUCGUCGGGACGUCUGCUCCUGGUCCCAACCAUAACUUCGUGGAGACGUCUGCUCCUGGUCCCAACCAUAACCUCGUCGGGACGUCUGCUCCUGGUCCCAACCAUAACCUCGUCGGGACGUCUGCUCCUGGUCCCAACCAUAACCUCGUCGGGACGUCUGCUCCUGGUCCCAACCAUAACCUCGUGGGGACGUCUGCUCCUGGUCCCAACUAUAACCUCGUGGGGACGUCUGCUCCUGGUCCCAACCAUAACCUCGUCGGGACGUCUGCUCCUGGUCCCAACUAUAACCUCGUGGAGACGUCUGCUCCUGGUCCCAACCAUAACCUCGUCGGGACGUCUGCUCCUGGUCCCAACCAUAACCUCGUGGGGACGUCUGCUCCUGGUCCCAACUAUAACCUCGUGGGGACGUCUGCUCCUGGUCCCAACCAUAACCUCGUGGGGACGUCUGCUCCUGGUCCCAACUAUAACCUCGUGGGGACGUCUGCUUCUGGUCCCAACUAUAACCUCGCGGGGACGUCUAGGCACACGAAGACCCAAUGUACGACAUGAUCAGAGAAAACAAACAGAAUGAAAAAGCAACAAGGAUCCAGCAGCUGCAGCAGCUCCUGCAGGAUGCUACCUCUUCCUCUGACAGCUCCUCCUCUUCCUCCUCCACCAGUGAGAGCAAGAAGAGGAAACACAAGAAAAAUAAAGAAAAUAAGAAGAAGGAAACACCACAAGUCCUCCAAAACCAGUGACUGUUCUGAGUCUGACUGAGCCGUUGGAACCUACCUGUAUUGGUCUUGCAGGGAGAGGUGACUACACUGCAGUGUCUGUCAGUCAGUGAGCGGCUAUAGUGGUUCUUAUCCAAUGGCUCAGUGUCGCUUCAAUGGUGCACUAUGAAGUGCACACUAGAUGACCCUCUUUGGUUCAGCCUUCCCCUCUGCCUUCCUUCCCUCCACCUUCAAAUAAUGCAUGACUUGUCCCAUCCCUCAUAUGGUUAAUGAGUUCAUUAGUCCUCUACUCCAUUAGAUCAUAUCGAAUAGGAUCCUAUGGACGUGUGGUGGUGAUUGUGAAUGUAGGGCCCCUCAGAAGAGGAACUCUAACAGCAUUGGUAAUGAGAUGUUAUUUUUCACAUGCGCUGAAUAAAAUGAGUGUAGACCUUCCAGUGAAAUGCUUACUGACAAGCUUUCUCAACAGAAUGAAGUAAGAGGAUAAAAACAUGAGAAAUAAAACACACAAGAAUGAAGCUAUUAUACAGGGAGUACCAGUACCAUAUCAAUGGGCAGAGGUAGGAGUUAAUCUCAUUCUAAAUAUGUUCCACAAACAGCAUGUUGGUAGAGAUUGUUUUUCUGUUUUACGUGACCGUUUUCAUCAACUUCCCUGUCAAAUUGCAGGUCUGAAAUGGCUUGAUUGUAGGCCUGUAUGAUGAAAACAGUGAUUGUAGGUCUGUAUGAUGAAAACAGUGAUUGUAGGCCUGUAUGAUGAAAACAGUGAUUGUAGGCCUGUAUGAUGAAAACAGUGAUUGUAGGCCUGUAUGAUGAAAACAGUGAUUGUAGGCCUGUAUGAUGAAAACAGUGAUUGUAGGCCUGUAUGAUGAAAACAGUGAUUGUAGGCCUGUAUGAUGAAAACAGUGAUUGUAGGCCUGUAUGAUGAAAACAGUGAUUGUAGGCCUGUAUGAUGAAAACAGUGAUUGUAGGCCUGUAUGAUGAAAACAGUGAUUGUAGGCCUGUAUGAUGAAAACAGUGAUUGUAGGCCUGUAUGAUGAAAACAGUGAUUGUAGGCCUGUAUGAUGAAAACAGUGAUUGUAGGCCUGUAUGAUGAAAACAGUGAUUGUAGGCCUGUAUGAUGAAAACAGUGAUUGUAGGCCUGUAUGAUGAAAACAGUGAUUGUAGGCCUGCAUGAUGAAAACAGUGAUUGUAGGCCUGUAUGAUGAAAACAGUGAUUGUAGGCCUGUAUGAUGAAAACUGGGGGAAAUUGCAGCAAAAUGUUUUCCUUUAUUCAUCUGUUAUAAGAGGCUGCUGGAUGUUUGAAUGUUUACUACGAUCCUAGAAGUAUUUGGAAUAAAUUGAGAUUGGAAUUGACAUAUUUAAUUUAAAUCCAACUCGACGAAGGGAGAGAAUGUAUUUCAGUGUGUUUGUUUAUUUUAUGUUUACUCCUCACAUUAACCUUGAAGCUGCAAGUAAAGCAUACUUUCAUUUUGUCAUUAUU